GAAUUGAUGGAGAACAGAGCAUAACUUUCCAGUUAAGCACAUGACCUACUACUUAAAUCUAUCCUAUUGAGGCACAACCUUGCACUUUCAAUAAGUGGAAAAUGUUAUAUAUAAAUAAAUUUUUACAAAUUUCCUUACUACUAGAUGUUAAUGUUAAAGGAUUGUGUUAUUUAUCUUCAGAUGUUUUUCAGCACCCAUUAUGCUGGGGACAAUCUGACAAUAAAAUUGCGAGAUGGCGAGCCAUGGAAGAAGGUGUUUGGCCCUGUUUUGAUCUAUCUAAACUCAGUUUCAGUCGAAGAGGAUGCCCUAACACUUUGGGAAGAUGCCAAAGAACAGAUGUUGAUAGAAACCCAAAGCUGGCCAUAUGAUUUCCCUCUUUCAGAAGACUUCCCUCAUGCUGAUCAACGGGGUACAGUUAGUGGCCGAUUACUAGUCCGUGACAAGUACAUUAAUGAACAACUUAUGACCACGAACUUUGCUUUUGUGGGGUUGGUUGCACUAGGAAAUGUUGGAUCAUGGCAAAGAGAAAACAAGGUUUUUUUUGUUUUUGUUUUGUUGCUUUCAUAUAUUUUUAGUCAACAAACUACGAAAUAUUGUUGCUUUCAUACAAACCUUUCCUAA